UAUCAUACAGUUUUAUUCGUAUAACGGAAAAAUAAACAUAACUAACAUCAAAAAUGGCGAAUAACUCAGAGAUAGCCACCAUGAAUAACUCUACAAAAGUCCACCUGAUGGGGAUUCGAAUCCCGAACUUCUCAAACGGGAGUUCCGUGAAUCUGCAGGACAACUUCGACAUAGAUCUCGAAGACACCAACUGGAUCCUCACCUCUUCGUUCAUCAUAUUCACUAUGCAGACUGGUUUCGGCAUGCUGGAGUCCGGCUGCGUGUCCAUCAAGAACGAGGCCAACAUCAUGAUGAAGAACCUCGCCGACAUCUCACUCGGAGGUCUAACCUACUGGAUCUUCGGCUACGGCAUGUCGUUCGGCCAGGGCCCAUACGACAACCCGUUCAUAGGGCUCGGAGACUUCCUGGUGGACCCUCCAGUGGGUGACGAACUCAUGGGUCCCGUGUUCGCCAGCUUCCUGUUCCAGCUGUCGUUUGCGACUACUGCUACAACCAUCGUGAGCGGUGCCAUGGCUGAGAGAUGCAACUUCAAAGCCUACUGUCUCUUCUCGUUCCUCAACACGAUAGUGUACUGCGUACCUGCGGGCUGGGUGUGGGGGCAGCACGGCUUCCUCCACCAGCUGGGCGCUGUGGACAUAGCUGGUAGUGGACCCGUGCAUCUUAUUGGUGGCUCAUCAGCCUUCGCCUCAGCCCUCAUGCUGGGUCCCCGCCUCGGCCGCUACUCCCGCGGCACGGCGCCGCUGCCGCUGGGGAAUCCGGUCAACGCCGUCAUGGGCACCUUCGUGCUGUGGUGGGGAUGGCUGGCGUUCAACUCUGGGAGCACUUAUGGGGUGAGCGGUGCUAAGUGGCAGUACGCGGCUCGCGCUGCUGUCAUGACCAUGAUGGGGUCCUUCGGAGGAGGCUGCUUCGGACUCAUAUUCACUCUAGUGAAGAACAAGGGCCGUGCUGACGUGAUGGAGCUCAUAAAUGGCAUUCUCGGAUCACUUGUGUCAGUUACUGCUGGCUGCUUCCUCUACCGGGCGUGGGAGGCCCUCCUGAUAGGCGUGAUCGGCGCCGCCAUCGCCUCCGCCACCACCCCUCUGUUCGACAAGCUGCGCAUCGACGACCCCGUUGGGGCUUCGGCUGUGCACGGCGCCUGCGGGGUUUGGGGAGUCCUUGCAGUUGGUCUGUUUGCGGAUAACCCGACCCCCAUGGACACUACGAAUGGAAGAUCCGGUUUAUUUAAAGGCGGCGGCUGGUACCUCCUCGGAGUGCAGGCCCUGACGGCCCUGUGCCUCGCCACCUGGGGUCUGCUGGUCACCAUGGCGCUGCUGUGGGUCAUCGACCGCAUCAUGCCGAUACGCAUGGACCCGUAUGAGGAGCUGCUGGGGGCCGAUCUGACGGAGCACCGGAUACGGCAUGGGCAGGUGGGCGUCUCGCGGGCGGUGUCGGCGCUGCGCCCGUACCACCGUUCCGGCAGCAUCGAGGCGGUCGGCGGCAUCGGCGUCAACACCGGACACAACCUCGUGGUGGAGAAGCUAAAAGAGGCACACGAGAACAAGAAGAAGAAGGGAAAAUUCAGCGCGAAACUGCAAAUGUUCACAAACAACGCUUACGUUGACGACGGGGAGCCAAAACCCUCAUUCUCCAGAACAAGCAAUGGAAUAUUGAACAAGCGUCCUGGCAACCCAGAAAACGACCUUCACCGCGCUCUGGACUCUAUGGCCGAUGAGAUAAACGGAACUAGGUUUUUCAAAAAUCGAACGGCCAGUGCGAACAGUUUAAAUAUGGCGCGAGUUGAAGAAGUUAAGGGGAAGAAACUGAAAGAGUUGACGGUUGAAGAAUUUGAAGAGAUGAGUGAAAUGAAUGCAAAUCAGGACCGCUUUAGGCACAGGUUUAAUGACGAGGAGUAUGCCCAGGACAUCAGCAGGGCUAAUGUCAGGUGGAUAGAUUAGGAUUAGUAUGACUUAUUUUGAUUAGGAUUAGAG